CAUAGGAAACAUGCUUUCUCUGUUCUCGAUGGAGAGUCUGGCGCGGGAGGCCUCCAUGGGUGUCCUGAAGGACCUGAUGCACGGUCUGAUCACGCUGAUGUUGGACUCCAGAGUGGAGGACAUCGAGGAUGGACAGCAGCUCAUUCGCUCCGUCAACCUGCUCGUGGUUCGAGUGCUAGAGAAGUCUGACCAGUCCAACAUCCUGAGUGCUUUGCUGGUGCUGCUGCAGGACAGUCUUAUCAGUACUGCUGGCUCCCCCAUGUUCUCUGAACUUGUCAUGAAGGUACGACUGGUGCACUUUGUGGGUGUAUAUGCAUGUUGACAUUUGAACUACGUCAUAUUGCAAGCAGAACUCUUGACUCUUUUUGUUUUGUAUUAAUGAGCCUGUAGGACUUAAGCUACUUUCCACAAUUCAAUUAAAUCGUGAUGGAUAAAAUUAUUAACUUUGCUGUUACGUAUUACACACCCAGAAGUCAUAUUGUCAAUUUAGCAGGAAAUAUUUUGGUGGGGCUUGUUUUUGGUGUUUCUGAAUUUGAAUCAUCAAAAGAAAUUGAAUGCACUUAAUUCCACCCACACA